AUGGAUUGGAUUUAUGAAAUCGGCAUUACAUGCCCUUUCAAAAUUAACUUGGAACAGAAUUUGAUUACAAACGUAUAUGCUUUAUCAAAUUUACUCAAUACAACUAACGACUGUGAAGGCGAAAUCAAAUUGACUGGUAACCAUAUUGAAUGCGAUUGUAAACUAGCAUGGAUUUACAAUAAUAACUAUAGCAGGUUUUUUAAUGAUCUGCAGUGUAAUGAGAAGUCAACCAAUCUAGUAACGAAUUUCACACAGCUUCGACGACACGAGUUGUGCACUUGGCAACAGGCGCAAUGCCCCAGAAACUGUGUCUGCUCCACAAAAUCUGAAUUGUUGCACAUUAAUUGCACUGGCGCACAACUCGACGUUAUCAAAAAGCUGCCACGUCCCGAGCAGGUAUUGCUCACGAGUUCGUUACUCGAUAUUAGCAAUAAUCAUUUCACUGUUUUGCCGCUAAGCAUCAUCUCCGGCUACGCCAACGUUUCAAAGCUCUACGCCUCGAACAAUCAAAUCACCAACAUAAGUCUCUUGGAACUACCAACCGAUUUGACGGUUUUGGAUCUGCGAAAUAAUCGCUUAAAAUCGUUAUGUGCUGAUUUUUUGCGUGUAUUUUUCAAUGAGAGCACGAAACUACAGUCUUUGUAUCUAAGUGCAAACCCUUGGAUUUGCGACUGUGCUUCGCAGCAGCUCCUUUACACAGUACGUGCACAUCGGCAACGGAUACCCGAUGUCGAGCAGUUACGCUGUGAUAACAAACCGAAUGUUACUCUCCUAACGGCAAGCCUGAGCGAAUUGUGUCAAGUUGAAGACAACGUUAAACGUUAUCAGUACAUUUUUGCAGCUAUCACAACUGCAGCGUUAAUCAUCAUUAUUUUCCUUCUUAUUAUUGUAUUAUUCUUUAAAUAUAAAUUGCAAGUUAAAAUCUGGUUAUAUGGUCACAAGAUAUUGCGUUGCUGCAUCCGGGAAUACGAGCUGGAUGAAAAUAAAACGUUCGAUGCGUUCAUCUCCUAUGCGCACCAAGAGGUUGACUUUGUCAACCAUUUAUUAGUGCCACAACUCGAGCAGGGCGAACCACCAUUUCGUGUAUGUACGCACGAACGCAAUUGGCUAGCUGGCGCUUACAUACCUGAGCAAAUCAUCGAAUCGGUCGAACAGUCGCGACGUACGAUCAUUGUGCUUUCGCAGCACUUCAUCGAGUCUGAAUGGGCGCGCAUGGAGUUUCGCACAGCGCAUCAGUGCUCGUUGAACGAAGGUCGUGCGCGCAUAAUUAUGAUUAAAUACGGUGAAAUUAUCAACAGUGAGUUAUUGGAUAAGGAAUUGAAGGCAUAUUUGGAUAUGAACACAUACUUGGAUUGGCAAGAUGUCAGAUUUUGGGAUAAACUACGCUAUGCCAUGCCACAUAAAGUGGGUAGAAAACCGAACACCGAUAUGCUUGAAGUUAACGGCAAAUUGUACGUAAUUGGGAAAGUUGAGAUGAAUCGCUUGCGUGGUGAGAACGCCUAA